AUGCCUACCACCACUGCUAUACAAAUACACAUUGACAUAAACACUAUUAAUGUUCUUUCUGUUCAACCAACACCCUGUCUAUAUUAUAAAGAGCAGGAUUUCACUACAAAAGCAAAUGCUACCUACCAG